CCCGUUUAAGGAUUAUUCUACCUCAGUCGCUCCUUCUUUCCUCUUUUUCGCCUUCUGCUGGAUCCCUCGAUGUCUCUCGUUACUUCACCAUUUCGUGGCGACUCUUCGCUUUUGACGCCUUUUUUGCUGCUGAGGUCAAUACUCUCGUUUCCCCUGAUCUCAUCUGACUUAGGAAUGACAGAACUAUUUCUCGUCCGGAAAUCUUUUGUUUGCACCUCCGGUCCACUUCUCGUUCUCCGCUGUUGAUGAGUCUUGUUCCUCCGGCUACGCGCGAGCGCUCACAGGCUCAACGGUCUCUCUGGGUCCACUAACAGGGGACUUUUUCGUUCCCGUGUCGGGCCUGCAUGCGCUUUUUUUACGUCGGAGAAUCUCAGCGUUUUCAGGGACUUUGUCAUUAUCUGGCCUCCGCUAAGGGCGACGCUACUCCGUACUCGGUCGACACCGGAGACGGUCGCAGUCUUUUGCCCCGGGUAUAGGAGUGAUUUGGUUUUGAGAUGACGCAAUUUUCAGAGUUCCGGCCGCAGAUGCUUCGCCUCUUCUUCGGCUCCUUUCCGUUUGCUUGAUGUGAGGCGCAGCGACAUCGUGAGGCAAUGCCUGUGAGACUCAAUUCAAAUUCGCCCCGUCGGCAGAUGUGAGGCCGACCUGCUCACCUUCACUCAUUUCUCUCACGGUUCGACAUGCGUCUCUCUUUUCUCUCAACUGCAAGCGCGACUCAUUCCAUGCAUCUACCUGGACUCUUCCGAAGGUCGUCGCUGUUUUCGGCCCUGUCUUUUUUGUGACCUCUCGUCUGUCCCUUAUCUCUCUACGCUUUGCCUCUUGGGUUUCUUGCUGCGCUCCCUUCAGAGCGCAGUCCAGAAAACAGAGACCUCCUGCUUUUCUUUUUCUCUUUGUAUUCCUCUUCACGUCUUGGCUCAGUUCUUCUCUCCUGUCGUCGUCACCGGUCUCGUCAUCUUCUGUCGCCCUGAACUCUGUCUUUUUCACCUCCGCGCCUCCUUGCCGCCGUUUCUCUGUCGCUGCCUCUUUCUCCUCUGAGUUUCGGUUCCCUCUCCUUCACCUUCUCUGUUCCCACCUCCUCUCCCCAAUGUUCCAGCCAUCGAGUAUCUCUCCUCUUUCUCGUCUCUUUUCCCUGUAAAGGUCUCUUCCCCUCUCGUUUUUUGGGGAAAAUGAUGCCGCAUGCCCCGCCCGCGCAACAGCGGACACACACCGGUGAGAACAGCAACGGACCUCAGGAGGUCCCGGCGUGGGGAGCUUCUUCAGUCCUGUCAUCGCCGCCCUCUGUGUCUGCGGCCCCCCUCCGCAUGCCUGGCUUGCCUUCGAAUCCUUCUCAAGUUGCUCAGCAACAUGUCCUCUCGUCGCUUCCUGGCGACCGCGCCCUGUACCCUCAAGGCCCACAGGCCGGAGACUGCGGAUCUGUCACUUCGUCUCUGAGAAACCUGCCAGGGUCCCAAACGGCUCCUUUCUCCUUGCAGGCUCUGCCCCAGGUCGAUCCUUCUCGCUUCCCGCUUGCUGGACAGAGCCCGUUCGUCGCGGUUGGUGCCUCCACCCUACCCACGGCGCUGCCUCAGUCGGGACCUCUGUCCUUGCGACCGCCUUCGCCUUCUGCUCAAUUGCCUGCAGGUUUUUCAGCAGGGCAGGCGCUCGGGCAGGCAUCUGCCGGCUUCCCAGCGAGUGGAGGCGCGCCCGCGCGGCCGGGGGCCUCGAGCAGCGCCUCUGCUUCUUCGCUUCCUCCUGCUCAGCGGCUGCCCUCGCCUGUCUCUUCGGACGCUCUGCAGGCGUCGUCUCGCGCUCCAGGCACUCCUGGGGUGGUGCCUCUUGCGAGUCCGGCUGUCUCGGCAAACUCGUCUCUGGGCGCGGUCCCGCCCUCUGGAGUCUCUGCGGCUUCUCCCGGUCAGCCUUUUCCUGGUUCGUUUGCUUCUCUCCGCGGCGGCAGUGUUUUCGGUCCUUCGGUUUUCGCACCCCACACCGGCGUGGCUCCGCUGCAGGCUCCAGGAGCCCCAAUAUCCGCCCCUGUCUCCACACACCUGCCAGUGUCUCCUCUCGGUCCUUCCGGCGAGACGCUGCCCGGGCAGAUCUUCCAUAGGGAGUCUUCCCUCGUCUCUGCCGGCGGCGCAUCUGCGUCUGCGGCGGUGCCGGCAUAUCCCUUGCCGCUGGCUCCCCUCCAGAAUGUAUCGACGAAGACAGCCUCUGCCCCGGGUGCUCCAGAGGCUCCAGACAGUUCCUCGCGUCCCCUUCAGACGAUCACACCUGGCGGGGCGCGAGUGCAAGGCUCGGGUCUCGCUGGUGAAACGAAACGCGUGUCUCCUUUGUCUCCUGAAGGUGCCGAGUCUCAAACACCCACGAACAAGCCGACUCGACAGGGCGCUGUCUCGUCGCUGUCUCCUUCCGGCCCCUCGCCCCCCGCGGGCGCGUCGGGCGCUGGGGACGCGAGCCGCUCCCCACAGCCACCCGCAGGGCGCCUUCCUGGCGAAGGCAAACGCCCUGCAGCGCCUCUCCCUUCGACGUCAACGCUUCGAACCGCGGAGAAUUCCGCCCUUCCGACCUAUGGCGUGAAGACCGAUUUGGGAGCCGGGACCGUAGGCUCUCAAAUGUCAAGUGAAGACGCUCGUACGCUGGGCAACGCGUUUCCAAAUCUUCCGUUUCUCGCGUCUGCGGGCCUCCCUCAGGUGUCUUCUGAGGGUCACUUUUACAGCGCGUUCUGCCGACUGCUCUACGAGCUCUCGCUGCGCCAAGUUUCCCUCGUCGAUAAACGCGUUCGCAUUCUCCUGCUGAUCUUUCACUGGCUCAAGCAGCGCCCAGAAGAGCACCAAGACCCCAGCCACAUCUUCCGCGACCGACAGUUCGAACGUCUCGUUCUCCAAACUCGGGCGUACAUACACCUGCUGUCGCAGAAGCCCCUCGAGGCCGAGCAACUCCAACAACUUCGCCUCGUUCCGAGCCUCGGCUUCUCCGUCGACCAUGCCUUUCUCGACGCCGUCCGAACCUACAGAAGCUCUCUGGGCAGCGGUGGGUCUUCGGCGACAAAGUCCGGUGGAGGCGCAGGGGCAGGAGCCCCGCGGACCGCCGGCGCUGGGGGCGCAGCCCACAAGGCGAGUCAGAUGCUGCUGCAGAAGAGACGAGCAAGAUCGAUUUUUGUCGAACUGAAAGAAGCCGCGGAGGCGUUCGAGCGAGAAGAAACCGCGCUGCGACUUCAGCGGCGAAUUGAAAACCUGGAGAGACGCUUGGCCCGCGUCAAGGCGGCCGAGGACGGCGCGGUGGUCCCCGCGGAGCCUGCGUCUUCACGACCGCGGUCGCGGCUCUGUGAGGGCGCGACUGACGCGACGGAGACGAAGACGACGGAGGGAGACAGCAAAGAGAACAAGGAAGGUGAGAAGGCAGACAAGUCAGAGAAGGAAGAGAGAGACGAGGGUACAGGCGCCAGCGACAAGGACCGGGACGUGAAGCGGAGUCUGGAGAUCCAGGAGACCGAGGGCCAGGAAGCCGACGCGAGUGGAGACAUCCUGAAGGCUGGCGACGCAGACUUGGUGUGUGGCGACACAAAAGACGAAGGUAUCGACUUGGAGGCGAGAGAGCCCAAGGUGGCCGUCGUUCCAGCAGAGCAGAGCUCGAAAGGCACUGGCAAAACCGUCACGGUUGAGAGGGACGAGGACGGCAUGGAAGUGAUUACUGUCUGCGUCGAGGACGAUGAAUCCCAGCUUGCGAAUGGCGAUUUGGCCUCCGACUUGUUUCUGGAAAGAGCCCUGGGACCGGCGCCUUCAUUCGACGCCGAAAACGCGGCACACCUCCCUUCGUCGUCUUCUCUCGUUUCUUCUCCUCGCCGCCCCGCUGAUUCCUCUCUGGCGCGUUUCUGCGCAGAAACGGAUGACGCGUUGCGCAGAGCGCGUCUGCACUCGCGGCUUCUCGCGCUGCUGCCUCUGCAGUCGUCCGUCCGCCAGGACGUAGCGCUUCAGCGGAUGCUGGAGGAGGCGCCGGACGCGCUCCCGCCCCUGCUGCACGUGAGUGUACGUACAGCGCGGAAGCAUAGGCUGCUGCGCGAGCAGCGAGAGCAGGCGGAAGAGUUCUUGGAGCGACGGUCGCAGGACGCGCAGCGCCGACAAGUUUUUCUCUCCGCGCUCCUCGAGGUGCACCGACGGAACUUUGUGAAUGUACACCGAGAGAGUCUGAAGCAAGUGCGACGAGUUGCCGCAGCCGUGAAGCGCAGACGCGCCUGCUUCCUCGGCGCGGAGGGCGAAGACAGCGCUCUUCCUGAAGAGUUGAAGUCCGAAGCGUUAGGUGAGGACGCCCGCGGCGGGCAUUGCGGCCACCACCUUCACCCGACCAAAUGCGGGUGUCCUGCAGCUGCUGCCGACCUCGCUGCGAUGAAGCGAAGAGAGAGACUCGACGCCCUCAAGAAGCACGACGAAGCAGCGUACCUCGCCCUGCUGCAGGAGACGAAGAACGAACGCCUUCUGCUCCUCGUCCGCCAGACCGAAGAGUACAUGCGGAAGAUGGGAGACCUCAUCAUUGAACAGCGCGAGCGAGAAGGCGCCGAAAUCGUGGACCCCAUCGACUUGCCUGCCGGUGAAGGAGAGGCGACGGCGGCGUCCGCGGACAGCGAGACAGCCGACGGUUUAGAAGCCUCUCAGAGCGAGGAGACGAACGAGACAGAGGAUGCUAAAAUGGAGCAGGGCGACGGGAAGGUGGGGGACGCGACGGAUGAAGAGGAGAAGAACAAAGCCUCCCUCUCUUCCUUCCUUCUGUCGAAAGAAAGAUACUACAGACUGACACAUGCAAAGCGCGUCCACGUCACCGAACUCCCCAAGUGUCUCAAAGGAGGCUCGCUGCGAUCCUACCAAAUGGAAGGUCUCAACUGGAUGGCGUCGCUCUACACCAAUGGACUCAACGGAAUUUUGGCGGAUUCGAUGGGUCUUGGCAAGACCGUCCAGACGGUCUCUUUCCUCGCGUAUCUGCAUGAGGUGAAACGCGCGCGGAAUCCGUUCCUGAUCGUCGCGCCGUUGUCCACGAUCCACGGCAACUGGCGGUCCGAGCUGAAGAAAUGGUGGCCGUCCAUCAACCUGGUCGUCUACGAGGGAACGAAGGAAUACCGCAAGCAACUCCGAAGCCGCAUCGUCGGCGGCCUGAACACUCGCGGACCUGGCGCCGGCACCGCGACCGCGCUGGGCUCCAGCGUCUCCGACGCGGUGACCAAGCCGGACGAAGUUCGAGGCACCCAGGGUCCGGACACCGGGACAGACGGCGCGAGACGCUUCGUCGAGCCAUACUUCCAUGCGCUCCUCACCACAGACGCGGUCAUCUUACGAGACAAAUCUUUUCUGAGGAAAAUCAAGUGGGAAUACCUCGUCGUUGAUGAAGCGCACAGGCUCAAAAAUCCCAACAGCAAACUCGUCCAGACUCUCAACACCGGCUUCCACAUCAAACGGCGUCUCGCCCUCACUGGUACACCACUGCAGAACGACAUCGGAGAGGUGUGGGCUCUGUUGAAUUUUUUGAUGCCUUCGAUUUUUAACGCGAAGCUGAACUUCGAGCAGUGGCUCAACGUGCCUCUCGCCGCGCCUCCAACUUUGUUUGGCGGGGCCAGCCAGCAAGACGAGCACUUGAUCAACAUCACCGAAGAGGAGAAACUGCUGAUUGUAGACCGUCUUCACAAGGUGCUGAGGCCAUUCCUUUUACGUCGAGAGAAGGCCGAAGUGGCUGACGAGCUGCCGUCGAAGCAAGAGGAAAUCGUCUGGUGUCCUCUCUCGGGUGUUCAACGUUAUCUCUACAAAAUGAUCGAGGGGAAUCCCGUUGGCCAGAACCGCAUGGUGCAACUCAGGAAAAUUUGCAACCAUCCCUACCUUUUCUGCUACUCCAGUUACACUCCCGACGAAAGCUUGGUUCGCUGCUGCGGGAAGUUCGCGAUGUUGGACGUUCUGUUGCCUGCGCUGAAGAUGGGCAACCAUCGAGUGCUGAUCUUUUCGCAGAUGACCAAACUGCUGGAUAUCCUCGAGGUGUAUCUGUCGCUGCGAGGUCACACGUAUCUGCGUUUGGACGGUGGCACGAGCAGCGAAGAGCGACAGAAGCGACUGAGUCUGUACAACCAAGAAGGCAGUGAAUACUUCAUUUUCAUUUUGAGCACCAAGGCAGGCGGUCUGGGCGUCAACUUGCAAAGUGCCGACACAGUCAUCAUAUUCGACUCAGACUGGAACCCACAGAACGACGAACAAGCUCAAUCAAGAGCCCAUCGUAUCGGCCAGAAGAAGGAAGUCUUGACUCUUCGCUUCAUUAGCGUGGAGUCGAUCGAGGAGCAAAUCCUUCAGAGAGCAGAGUGCAAACUGGACAAAGACAAGCUGGUGAUUCAGAGCGGCAUGUACUACGGCCACGGUCAAGAAGAAGUUCACGAUCCUUCGCGGGACCUUGAGAGAACAAACCAAGUGAGAGAAAUUCUGCGGAAGCAGAGACAGUUGGACGUCAACUUGACGCGGGCGCUCGACCUCCAGCUGCUGAAGAGGCAAAUCGCGAGGAGCUCAGAAGACAUGCGCGUCUUUGAGAGGGCGGACUGCAUCCGCAGGCUGCUUCACAUUCCUGGAUUGAUCACGAACGAAAUGCUCCCACCGUGCCUGUUCAGUUGGUGCAAGGCCGCCGAGCGAGCUCAAGAGGCCUUGGUGUCUGCAAGUCAGAAAAAGGAAGCUGAAGACGCGUGGAAGCGCCUCUACUCUCGAUCUGACUUCUGGACCAUUCGCGAAGAAAAAGCCUCUCCACAGGCUCCUCUCGGCCUCGCCUCCACUCCCGAACCUCCGUCUGGCGCGUCCUCGACGGAUGCUUCUUCAAGUGCUUCCGCUUCUUCAGGUUCUUCUGCAGUUUCUUCCUCCUCUUCUUCAAGUUCUUCUUCCUCUUCUGCAAGUUCUUUCUCCUCUUCUUCAAGUUCUUCCUCCUCGUCUUCAAGUUCUUCCUCUGCCGUCUGCGCUUUGUCAGCUUCUUCGAGUGAGCCUGUGGGAAACGAGACACAGGGCUCUUUGCCGAACACAGAAGGAGAGAAGAAGGAAGGCGCUUCGCCGCCUGCCGAAGUUGAGACCCCUGCGCUUCACACAGACAGUUCGUGUAAAGAGCAGGGAGAGAAGGAAAGCAGCGCGGUGGAAAAAUGUCGACCAGACGCCGCAGAAUCCGAGAAGAAGGAGGGAGAAACACCGUCGCCGUCGGCUGAGGAAGACGCAGAGGACUUGCCGAAGACUCACGACGACGCAACGGCGGCUUCUGCUCUGUUGGCUCGGCGCGUCUGUGAAUUGCCUGUCUGGCGCGCGACUGUCAAUACCUGCAUUCGCGAGGCCGUCAAUGCAGCCAUCGCAUGCAAAGACUUCGAUGUUUUCGUCGAGUUGCCGUCCAAGGAAAUCUACAAAGACUACUUCGAGCGCGUCAAGAAGCCGAUCUGCUUGCUCUCCAUUCGCGCCUUCGCGGAUAAACAAGAGUUCACUUCUUUGUCAAAGCUGGAGAAGCAUCUCACGCGUUUGGCGGUGAAUGCGCGUCUAUACAACGGAGCAGAAUCUCCGAUUUUUCUUCGGGCUGUCGAGUGUAUGGGCUUCGUGAUGCGGGAGAGUCGCCGGCGCCUCUGCAUGGCGUUCUACACGUUGGUGGAUCCGUCGGAGGCCGCGAAAGUCUUGCGCUUGCUCGAUUACUUCUUCUCGUUCACGGUUGGGUCUGCUGGAAGUCUCGACUCGGCUUUGCUUGACAAGAACGACGGUUCGGAGAAGCCCGGAGGCGAGGAAGAAGAAGAGGAAGAAGACGAGUUGUCCGUGGUCUCGGAGUCUCGGGUGUCCAGCUCGCUCGCGCCGCGUGUCUCCGUGUCUCCGUCGCAUCAGGUCUCCUGUCCUCCCGCGUCGUUUCCGUCCUCUUUCCCGUCGCCUCGCCCCGCGACGUUCUCCCCUGCGGCCUCGUCUGCACUCCCGGCCCUCUCGCCACCUGUCUCGUUCCCCGCCUCCUUUCCAGCUUCUCCCGCCUUCCCCGAGUCGCAGCCUUUCUCGGCACCUCCGCCAGGCGGGUCGCUGGAGACAGGUCCGUCCAGUGCCGGCGGUGCCUCUUCUUUCAGUCAAGCCUCUCCUUCCCAGAGACGCCCUCUUCUCAAGAUCUUCCCGAUGCGCAUCAGCCUGUCGAGUCAAGGCACGUCCAGAGGCGCCCAGGCUCCGCCGGCCGAGGGCCUUGCUGUGGGGAAAGAGGGCCUUGUUGUGGGGACUGAGAGUCAGGAGGUGGUGUCUGGUCUGCAGGGCCAUGAUAAGCUGCGUGUCUCUCUCGCCAGUGCGUUCAGUUCAUUGCCGAGUGGCCGACCGGGGGCAGAGCUGCGCCGGGGCAGUUCGGCGCUGGACGAGGAACGAACGCGACGUGAGUUGAAUGGUACGAAGAGAGGAAGGAAACGCGGGAGGCCGGCAAGAAAAGACCUCGAGAAACCUGGUCUUCCUGCGAAGAACAACGUGGAACCGAUGCCGCAGAGAGAGGGAGUCGGGGCGGGGGAGCCGUUCCCCGCUUUCGCCCACCCGGCCUUCCCUGCAGCCUCUGCCUAUUCCUUCCCGGCGACCACCACAGCUGCAGUCGGAGGCGAUGCAGGCGGAGCGCUGGACGAGGAAGGCCGCGAGCGAAGCAGGAACCGAAAGGAGAAGAAGAAGAAGAAGAAGGAGAAGAGGGAGAAGAGCAAAGACGAGGACGGUAGCGUUGUCGGUGAAGACGGCAAGAGAAGGAAAAAAGCCAAAGAGGCACGCCACAGGGAGGAAGAACGCUCCGACGCCCUCGGAUCCGCGCCCACUACUGCGCUUUCUCAUACUUCUGUUGGAGGCACUCACCUCGCUUCUGGCGGACCUCAACUGGCGGAACCUGCGACUUCGUUCUCGGGUCCGGCCGAUACAGGAGCCAAGAAAUUUCGAAUUCGACUGCCUCAAGCGCCGUAUUUCCCCGCCUCUGCUCCUCUCGCUUUUCCCGGAUCUCACGCGUAUCCUGGAACCGUCGCUUCUCCAGCUGGCAAUCCUUCGCUUGGUCCAAAUGCGAUUCCUCCCCCGGCCUACACUUCUCCCUUUCCUACCCCAGGGGCAUGCUCGUUUCCUUCUUUUACCCAUGGCGACAGGGUUUCGGGGGAGAAAGGCGAAGGCGGAGCUGCCUCGACAGGCGUCUCCAAGUUCCGCAUUCGCAUAGCUUCACAGCCGCAGCCUCAGUGAGGGGAGAGAUGACGACCCAGAAAGGGAACAGACGAGAAAACUCGAAGAAAACAGGAACCCACGCGAAGGAACGAGCACACACCAAAGGACAGAGGAUCAGCCGAGCACAAGGGGAACACACCGGAGGAGGAGAGACAGGAGAGGGUGUCUUGGUUUCAGUGUGAAGAGAAAAAAAGGUCAAGAGUCGAUAGAAAAAGUAGACAUAAGGAGCGCAGACACUGGAGAACCAGAUCGAUGAGAAGACGUCCCCUUGUGUCGUCACAGUAGACGUAGGUUUCUGUAUCGUUGUUGCAGUUGCCGGGGUGUAUAGUCAGUGUGUAUACUUGCGUGUACAAGGAUACUACCACGUUUACGGCGCAGUGAGACUCCGAGAGUUGGGUCUUACCGUGUGUCGCUGUGAGUUUUGGAUCGACUGGUAUCCCCAGAAGGACUGAUAGAUAUAUGCGGCUGUACGAAAAUGCGCGUGUGUAUGUCCCCCUUCGAAGGGGCUUUCUUUUGAAGUAAAACACAGGCGCUUGAGCCACUAUGUGUCUUUCUUGUUCGAAUUAGAAAGGCAUCGGAGUUUUAUGUCCGGUAUUUCCCGAAUGCAUUGCCAAUUCUGAAACAUCGGAAAGGGAUCAAUGGUGAACACCUGUUUCUCUGACUGAAAAAGAACAUGCACU